AUCAUUAUGGGGAAGGUCCUGGUCAUCUGCUCAAUAGUAGUUCUCUUGAUCCUACUGCAGACUGAUAUCAAUGUGUCCUCCUCUAGAUCAGGAAGUAGCAGACCCAGUGGCGGCAGUAACCGAGGGAGCCACCAUAAGCCUAGCAGACCAUCAAAUCGGCCGAGUAAGCCAGUACAUCAACCUAGCAGACCUGUACAUCAGCCUAGCCGACCUGUACAUCAGCCUAGCAAACCUGUACAUCAGCCCAGCCGACCUGUAAAUCAGCCUAGCAAACCUGUACAUCAGCCCAGCAGACCUGUACAUCAACCUGCCAAACCUGUAGAAACCCCUGUCAAACCUGCAAAUAACCCUGUCAAGCCUGUACAGAAUGAACCUGUUCAGUCUCCACACCAACCUAUAAAGCCUGUACAAAAUCCUGCACCACCUCAGCACAAUCCCGCCAACCCCCCACCCCACAACCCUGCCCACCCCCCUCAGUACAACCCUGCUUACCCGCCCCACAAUCCUGCCAACCCACCAUUACAGAAUCCUGCCUACCCACCACAUAAUCCAGCCAAUGCCCCCCAAAAUCCUGCUUAUCCCCCUCAACCCAAUCCUGCUUACCCUGGACAAAACCCUGGUUAUCCCCCUCGCAAUCCUGGCUACCCACAGAAUCCUAUUUAUCCACAAAACCCUGGCUUUCAACCCCACAACCCUGCUUACCCACACAACCCUAAUGGAGGCCAGUACAAGGUUAAGCCAUGGCAACCUAAGCCACCGAAGACCAAGAUGAAGCAUAUCGUAGGUGCAGCUGUCGGAGGUGCUGCCGUAGGUGCUCUUGGUGGCUUCCUUUUAGGCCGCACCAUGUCGAAUAUGAAUUUCCAUUUUAACAACCGUGAUGAGGAAAGGUGGUGGUAUGAGAACCGUGACCGUUAUUCUAACCGAGUGUACUACCCCAAGUAUGAGCAGCCUGUCCCAGAGGAUGUCUUUGUGAAGGACUGUUGGAACAUCACCGUGAGAGAAUUCAUCACGCCCACUGGGAACGAAACAGCCGAUGAAAUGGAAACCAGGGUCGUGACACGAGUCGUUCAGGAAAUGUGUAUCGAGCAAUACCGGAGCUUCUCCAGGCAAGCAGAUGGAGGCACCGUUGGUCAUGGUGACCAUCGUCCCCAAGAGCGUGACCCAUCCAAACCUUUGAUGAAGUUUGUGGAAGGAGAAGCUAUCACAGACAUCGCAGUGGAAGAGGCCAGGGGCUAUCUCUUCGGCAGUGCCAUGUCAACGGUGCAUUUUCAUUUUAAUGACAGCGGUGAGCAACAGUGGUGGGAGGAAAACCGCGGCCGUUUUGCCAGCCACAUUUUCCACCCAAACUACAGCCAACCUGUUCCCAAGGAUGUUUUUGUAAGCGACUGUGUGAAUGACACAACGGGAGCAUACGUAAAAUCUAGCGGAAACCAAACGGCCAACGAGACUGAGGUGGAAACCAGAGUCGUGACACGUGUGGUACCUGAAAUUUGCAGAGAGCUUUACUGUGGCUACUUGAGGAAUGAAGGAGGAGGCAGCUUUGCUGACAGCUGUGAAAGCAGACCCCCAGAGCCUACAGUGCCAGUGAAGCUUGCCAUUAAAUACAUGGAAGGAGUGGGAGCAGCCUUUGAAGGCAUGGUCACCAAAGCCAGUGGUGAUGGCGUGCACAACAGCGCAGUGUCUAAUACGUAUAUUCAUCUUAAUGAGGUGUUCCUUCUUGGCAAAUCUUCCACACUUUUGAUCGUCCUGUUGUCCACAUUUUUGCUGUUACCCUGAGGCUGGACUUUGUAAGCCUCCACUUUGCUGUUGAUCCAGCAGUCAUCCAGAAGAAGAAGAGAUUUAUAUACAGUACACCAAUAGUUUUGUGGACGGUAUGUUCUGGAUCUCUUCAGUGAUGUCUAAAGGAGCCAGCUACAUGUGCUAAGAAUGGAUCAGCUUAGGCUGCCAUACCCCUUAUCUCCUUUAGAACCAUCACUGAUGCUACUGUUCCAAGAUAGUUUGCCAGGAAAGGAGCUGAGUGCUUAGAUGGUCAUGAAUGGUUUCCACCCACCUGCAAUGAAAGGUUGUCGUUCUUCAUAACUGCUUAAGCCUAAUGAAUAGAACCUUAUAAGUCAUACUAGAAAUACUGGGAAAUAUAUCCUUUGUUAGUCUGUU